CAGUUCUGGCAUUGUUUAUGUUAUUUACCCAAAAUCGCACCAUUUACCCCCUCAGCAAUGUGAGAUGUAACUAAUUUGCAUUUACCGUAUCAUCACACACCGGGGCUAGGGUCGCAAAGUUUGCAACCGGUGCCACGCGAAACCACGCCCGAUGUCUUACUGGCUGCAGCCGAAACGAUACCGACGCCGAAUCGUGCUGGGCUUGCUGUGUUUUGCCAGUGCCGUCUACAUCCUGUACAGCUGGAUCCCGAACACACCGAUACACAACUGCUUCCAGGCCGUCCAUCUCGGUGCCGACGGUCUCGACGAUACGCUGCUGCAGGAUGUGCAACAGUCCAUCCCACAGCCCACCGACGAUGGGCGAAACAUUUUCUUCCACGAAACGUCCUGCACGAAGGACGGUGAGGUGAGGCUAAACGCACGCCAGGCAUGUGCAAUCGAAUCGGCAGCCCGUGCCAAUCCGGCGUGGAACAUUUACGUACUGUUUGCUGCACCGGUCGGAUUUCGGAACCGAACGGCCCAACCGGUACUGGAUGCGUUGCUCGAGUACCGAAACGUACAUCUGCGGUACGUGAACUUGACGACGUACGCGGCCGAAACACCGCUGGAAGAGUGGAUGGAAAGUGGGGAAAUAUAUCGGUCGCUGUACAUGAACUCGCAUCUGUCCGAUGUGAUGCGCUACCUGACCCUGUACAAGUACGGUGGUACGUACCUGGAUCUGGAUGUGAUUGUGCAGCAGCCGUUCGAGAAGCUAGAGCCGAACUAUGCCGGCGCAGAGUCGGUCCGGUGGGUUGCUGCCGGUGUGAUAAACUUCGAACCGAAAGGGCAUGGUCACGAGCUGGCGGAUAUGUGCGUAAGAGAUCUGCUAGCCAACUUUAACGGGAAGGAUUGGGGCAACAAUGGACCCGGAGUAAUAACGCGCGUACUGCAAAAGUACUGCCACACCCGGUCGACGGUGCACAUGACGCGGGAACGGUGCCGGCACUUUACCGUGUACCCAAUCAGCUCAUUCUACGCCAUCGGUUAUGAAGAUUUUAAGCAAUUUUUCGAAGAACAGUACCUCGAACAGGCACUCCUGACGCUUAACCAAUCGAUCGUGGUGCACGUGUGGAACAAAUUUAGCAAGAGCCAUCCGGUGCAGGUUGGAUCGCGGGUCGCGUACGGUGUGCUAGCGGAACGCCACUGUCCAAAGGUGUAUCGAUCGUGCGGAACCGUUUUCUAAACCCCCUUCAUUUUGGCGUGCUACAUUCGUGUUGUUUGUAACAUACUCAGAAAGCUUUACUGUUGUUAGCCAGGUACUAAUGCAAACGGGCUGAGAUUGCAUUUUGACUCCGCCGGUGCCGAAUACUUUACAACCACUCUCGAACAAACACCCCAAAUCUCGUUUAGUUUGUUCAAUCAAAUUAGUGUGAUGAAACAUAUCAACCAGCUACACAAUGUUCGAUUGUGCAAUUCGCACUUGCAGAGGCUCAAUUGCGUUGUAAGAAAAGCAGCUUUACUUAAACUCACAUCACAAUAUUUAUUUAUCAUUUUCGUUACAUCACACCGUCGAUUGAAUGCAUUUUUUUUUGAGUAUUAGUAGCAAACCCGUGCUACACUUCAUCGUUGAAUUCAUAAUACCUUGUUUAAGAAGUUUUUGUUUUGCAUGAAUUUAUACAAAAAUACGAUCGUCGAUCGAGUUCGGUAACGCUUUAACAUUCCGCAAUUUUGUUUUGCCUCUUGCAGGCCAAUCGUUGUGAAAAGAAAAGGGAUAAAACUUUUCUUACCCGCUAGACUAUUGCAUUCAAACAAUCCGGCUGUUAUCGUAUUUUUUUCUCCUCCUUCUGUGUAUUUCAAAUACACCCUUAUCGGACAGUUGAAGUCCCGAAUACUCAACAUCACAUUAACGUCAUCAUCAGCAUCAUCAUGGUCGGGUUGUCUGUGUGAUUAGCUUGGAAAUUUUGUGGUGAUCAAACAAUGACCAACAGGAAUGCAAUAUUUAAACAGCAACCGGUGCGCGAGACUAACCCAGAAGAACAAAUAAAAUAAUUGUUAUCGAUCGAUAGUUUGUAA